UUUUUUCCAAUAGCGCGUUAGCAAUUUAGGAAGUUAGAAACAAGGCUUAACGAAAGUAGCCACAUUUAACUAAAUAUGGGCAUUGGUGGACACACAACCGACGUGGCUCACAUUCAUUGGUUGGUUCCAUCUAUGGAAUGAGAAACACAAGAUUACUGCUCCUUUCCAAAUUCCGCCUUCAAUAAUUUGAUAAAAUUUUGAUCCACUCUGUUUCAAGCUGUCACCAGAAUGUCGUCUUCUUCUUCUUCUUCUUCCCUUAAACCCAUUGAUUCAAUUUCCUAAUAAACGAGCAGAGAGAUCUCGCGAAAUCACCAACCGUGAAUUCGGGAAGAAUAAGGCGAUGUUUCGUAUUGUUCAAAUCGCGUUUCUUUGUCUCGUUCUCGUCGCCGGGAUCUCGAUCUCCUCGGCGAUAUCAGAGACCGAGUCUAUAUACGAGAUCCUCACGGCUAACGGAUUGCCGUCGGGGAUAUUCCCGAAAGGCGUCAGAGAAUUCAACUUCGACGUCGAAACGGGACGGUUCUCGGUUUAUUUGAAUCAGUCAUGCGAGGCUAAAUACGAGACUGAGCUACAUUACGACGCCAAUAUUACGGGGACCAUAGGUUCUUCUCAAAUCUCGGAUUUGUCGGGAAUCUCGGCGCAAGAGCUGUUCUUGUGGUUUCCGGUUAAAGGAAUCCGAGUCGACGUGCCGAGUUCUGGUCUUAUAUACUUCGACGUUGGUGUUGUUCGAAAGCAGUACUCUUUGUCUUUGUUCGAGACACCGAGAGAUUGCGUUCCGGUUCGUGAGAUUCACAAGGUUCAGUUGGCAUUGUAUCGAGUAGAUCAAAAUCUUGGGAGAAACAUCAUUUAGCAAGAGUUUAAAGAAUGUUGUUAUACCAUACCAGAAAGAAAAGAAGAUAGAUGUUCUCAUCAAUUCUUGAAGAUACUUCAACUGUUUUUGUCUCAAAUCUUAGGCAUGAUUCAAAAUCAAAUUGCUUCAUUCUUUCCCUCCCCAUUCCAGUUUUGUUUCUGUAUUUCGUUCUCAGAUUAGGCCGGGGACUGAACCGAGGAGAGAAUCUGUGGUUUUGAAAAGAUGCUAAAGGGAUGGCCCAGAUUUUGUUGAAGUGAUGAUAACUGUGAGGUGAUGAAUGUUUUGUGUUGUAUUCUUGUGUCAUGUCUAAAACAGAUAUAAUAAAUCCUAUAUUUUGCCAAAUCAGUGUUAUAGAAAUUUGUCAAUUUGCAAUCA